AUGUUGGUUGAGAGCAUAUUUGUAUGGAUUAUUAAAUUAAAUUUGGUCUCUUCAUUAUCAUGUUAUCAGUGCAAUUCAUCGCACCACUCCAAUUGCUUGGAGCAUCUGGUUGAUUUGGGCAAGCAUUCUCUCCAACCAACACCUUGUACAACUUAUGGAGCACGAUUUUGUAUAAAGACUACUGGGAUUUACGGUGCUGUUAUGGGUAUAACACGAUUUUGUAGUGCAUGGGACUUGGGGAAUGAAUGCCAGUACUUAGAUUUCCCGGAUCAUGACCGAAUUUAUCGAGCAUGUGUUUACAACUUGUUCAACAGAUGCAUGCAAUUCAGGGACACAGAAUUGUAA